AUGAGCUCCAAGUUCACAAAGCCGUCGACAAGCCCGGCGGAUUUUGACAUGUCCUCAAAACAUCACAUGCCAUGCUUCGGGAAAAGAGUAGCCAUGAAGCGCCUCGGCCUUCAGCAAGGGAUAGCCUCCCUGAUGGCUUUUCUGACUUUCGAAUACGUGGGGGCGGAGCAACUGGUUCAACGACAGAAUCCUGCAUUUAUCACCGCGUUGCCGACAGUGGCAGCAACGACUUUGUUGACUUCAUCUACCACGCCGUCGUCGAUUCUCCCGCCGAGUCCUUCACCAAAUGCACCAAACCCUCCUCAGCAACCGGGCCCGAUUUUCACGCCGAGUCCCUCGACUAUCGCCGUUCCCUCAUCGUCAGCUCUGCUCCCACCAGCAGUUUUGCCGUCGUCAAUAGAAAUCUCAUCCACUACUCCACCAGCCACGUCCUUUCGACCUACAACAACUCGUCCGACUCAGGCAGCAGCGAGCGCAGUCGAAAUCGCAGAAGAUAAUUAUUUUGGCGGCAUCCCGAAACCGAAUCCUGAUGCAGCUGUCACCGGCAUCUUUAUGGUACUUUUUGUUAUCGGGGCCCUCGUUUAUGGGUGGAUGUACUGGAAGAAUGCCAAGCGACCUACCAAAGGAAGCAAUGGAGACAAACUCUCGGCGCUGAUGAUCGGCUUCUGUCUCGCUGAAGCCUUGUUGUGUGUUUUUCGCAACGCCUGGGCCAGCACAGACAUGCCAGUGGUCAUUUUUCUUGCCCUGGUUUCCGAGAGCAUCGGCAGCGUCAGUUUGUUCACAGUGAACUUUCUCCUCACAAAACGCUUGGUCCGUUUGUUUGACCUGCGCUCUUCGCUCUGGACAAGGAGCAUCAUUGCCUCCGUCGUCACAUAUGCUAUGGCCAUCGCGUGCUCUCUUGUCAUACUUCUGCAUGUCAUCGGGGCUGGCCUGCACGAAUUCAACAGAAAUGCAGGCGAGAUUGAACAGUCAGGAGCAAGACUCUUGGGGGCCAGUACAGGUCUUCUUAUGAUCACUGGCUUCAUCUUUUUGGUUGUCGUCGUGGCAGCUAGCUCCGCCGCCAACCGCUCACGAGUCGAGGAAUAUACUGCCAGAAUGACAGUGUAUUUCAUCGGCGCCGGAGUAUUGACGAUGACGAGCCAAAUAUCACGUUUCGCCUCGACUUUCACCAUUUGGCAACCGACGGACCAGGUCUCCACCGGAAUAUUAUCAAGACCCGUGUACUACAUCACAGGCUUCGGAAUGAGUGUUUCGAUCAUCGUCCUCUACGCGGCUGCGAGGAUUGACUUGCUCUUCGGCAAAAUGCCAUCCUCGAACGGACGAUCAUCACCCCAACCAUCACAGGCCGAAAAAUGGGAGGCGCCGAUGACGUUGAAGCCCAAGCUGAGGGAAUCGCCGUUGCGUUUGAAUCCCAUUCUGACACCUACCGGGCAUGACGGGCGGUAUUACACCAAAAACGAUUGGAUGGACAGUCGGAGUCCUAUGACGGCAUCCAGUACUGGGACUUUUCCGCUGGGAAAGACCGGUAAUAUCGGAUCCGCAUGA